CAAAUGAUAGUGCAAAGGGUUGUGGAACAAAUCUUAAAUUAAAAGACGUGGCUCCUAUUUCAGAUAUAGUUGUGACAGGAGUUCCAACAUCAAUCUAUAAAUUACCUACAUGUUUAUUACGUGAUGGUGUUGUUGUUAUAAAUUUCUCUACUUAUAAAAAUUUUGAAGGUGGUGUUAGAGAAAAGGCUAGUGUAUUUUUUCCUGCUAUUGGUAAAGUUACUAUUGUGAUACUUGAAAGAAAUUUACUUGGAUUGUAUGAUUAUUGA